CUCAGUUGGUGCUGUCUGAUCACCGUCGGGGUGCCACUGUUCAUCAGGAUGUCUGGGGAGCAGGUGCCUCAGCUCAGACCCCGCCGGCACUCACCGUGAUCACCUCGGGCACGACUGCGUACAGCUCUCAGCUCAGGUUUUUAGCGUGGCGAGAUGGUGACCAUCAAGGUGAUGCUGCUGGGCAGUGAGCUGGUGGGGAAGACCUCCCUCAUCGUCUGCCUGACAACCCACAUCUUCCCACGGGACAGCCUGCCCACCGUCUUCGACACCUUCAGCACCCAGCUGACGGUGAACGAGCGGACGGUGGUGCUCAACGUGUGGGACACAGCGCCGCAGGAGGAACACCUGCUCUCCGUCCGUCAGUUCUACUAUCCCCUCACCGACGUCUUCAUCAUCUGCUUCUCCAUCGGUGACCCCACUUCCUUCGAGCGCGUUUGGAGCGACUGGUACUCUGAGGUACACCGGCACCGGCCCAACGUGCCCGUCCUCCUGGUGGGCACCAAGAAGGACCUAAGGCAGGACUCGGACACCGUCCACGGGCUCCUGCAGCGGCAGUCAGCCCCCGUCACCUACCAGCAGGGCGCCCGGCUGGCCCGGCGUAUGAGGGCAGCCAAAUACCUCGAGUGCUCGGCACUGCUGCGGGAGGGCGUGAGGGAGGUCUUUGAGGAGGCUGCACGUGCCGUCCUGCACAGGGGACGCACUAAACGAGCCAGGAGCUGUGUGCUGACAUGAUGCGGGGGAGCGUGGGUGGGGGGGGUCAGAGGCCCAACACAGCCCCGCUCCCCCCCACCAGCCCCAGGAGGGGGAACACUGAAGCUGGUGAGGAGAUCUCAGUCUGUGGAGAGGACCACCACGAGAUUCAGGUUAUUUAUCACGAGUAAACCCAAACGUACAGUAAAAUGUGUUGUUUGCAUCAACAGCCAGCGCACCGUAAAGACGUACUGGGGGCAGCCCACAGGAGUGUCGCCACACGUUUUGGUGCCAACAUGGUACACCCAGUACGUUCAGCAGAACAACACAAGCAGCAACUACAGAGAAACAAACCCUCCCACCCAUUCACAGGGUGCCUGUAAACCUCACACUCAUAGACUCCGGGCCCCUAACCACCAAGCAAGCCAACCCUGAGCUUUUGACCUUUGGGCCUCUAACUCCCACUUUGCCAACUUUGGACUUUAACCUUUGGGCUUUUACCUCCGGACCUCGGCGACCUCUGGGUGUCAAACACAGGACUCACAGAUCUCAAGACUUUGACCAUCAAGCUUUCAUGGACCAUCAAUUCAAGUGACCCAGUGGACCACGUGAUUCCGCCUGUACAGACCUCAAGCACGGCACUCGCAGAUCUGGAGAUCACUUGCACCCUCCAGGGAGUGGGUUUCCAUGGACACCACUGUUGGUGCAGGGGUGGGAAAGAUGUCUGCUUCCUGUACAUGCCAGGGACAUCAGAGAGCAGAGCACAGUGGCAUCACAGUGGCCAAAGGACCAAUCUCCCUGCCAGCAAGCCAGUCUCCUUACAGUCAUAGAGCAAAUACAGGCCCUUCUGCCCAUCCAGUCCAUGCCAACACCCAAUUUCCUCUGUUUGGCCCAUAUCCACCCCCCAACCCCUCCAUGUACCCAUCCAAAUGCUUCUUAAAUGAUACUUCCUCAACCACUUCCUCUGGCAGCUCAUUCCAGAAACUCAUCCCAUUCUGUGUGAAAAAUUGCCCCUUGUCCCUCUUCCCUCUCUUCACCCCGAGUUUUGGAGUCUCCUACUGAGGAAUAGAUUCUUCGGCCCACAGCGUUAGAAUGUAGAACAGUACAAGUCGGGGUGGCAUAAUGGUUAUUGCGACACUAAUACAGCUCAGGGCACCAGAGUUUGAAGUUCAAUUCCAGCACCAUCUGUAAGAAAGUUUGUACGUUCUUCCUGUGGGACUGUGGAUUUCCUCCAGCUGCCCCAGUUUGCUGGAGGUUGAUAAAUUCUUGAUUAGUCAGGGCUUCAAAGGUUACGGGAGGGCAGAAGAAUGGGAUUGAGAGAGAUAAUAAGUCAACCAGGAUGGAAUAGCGGAGCGGAGCAGACCCAGUUGGGCCAAAUGGCCUAGGUUGGUCCCUAUGCCUUAUGAUUUUAUGGUCUUUCCGGCUACAGUCCAAAUACAU